UCUCCAAGUUAGUUAUCUGGCGAUAUCACGCCUUAUCGUGGCAUCGCCGAAAGUGGAAGUACUUGGCAACUGCUUCCCCCUUGUGUUGUGGACGAGAACUCGACCCAAACCAUCUCUUUAGUGUUGUGUGAUUCUACGUACCUGUGGAAGGCGAAGAGAAUGUCGGGCGUAGAGAUCAAGCAGGUGGCUCCUUCCGUAGGGCUGGGCGAGGGUCCCUACUGGUCGGAGGAGGACAAGGCGCUCCUCUUCGUGGACAUUGUCGGCGGCGACGUCCACAGGGUGUUCCUCGAGAGCGGGAGGCAUCAGGUUCUCCACGUCGAGGCAGAUGAGUCUGGCCCCAGCGUGUCCCUGGUGAUCCCCGUGGAGGGCGACCGCGACUUGUUCGUGGUGGGUCUGGGCCGCUCCUUGGCCGUGGUGAGGUGGGCGGUCUCGGACCCGGACCGACACACAGUGAAGGCGGAAGCCGUCCUGCACACCGUCGACCACCAGAGCCCUACGAACCGUUUGAACGACGGCAAGUGCGACCCCCAAGGGCGCCUGUGGGCAGGCACGAUGGGUUUCGAGGCGACCCCCGGCGAACCUCAACUUCAUCAGGGUUCGCUUUUCCGCCUCGGCCACGAUCUCCAGCUCUCCCACAUGGUCGGCAAGAUCUCCAUAGCCAACGGCCUGGCCUGGAGUCACGACAAGAAGACAUUUUACUACAUUGAUUCCUGCACGUUCUGCGUCGAAGCCUUUGACUACGAUGACAACACUGGCAGCAUUUCCAACCGUCGGACAGUCAUCGAGUACAAGGCGGCAGGACUGCAGAAGGACAUCCCAGACGGGAUGUGCAUCGACGAGGCGGGCAAUCUGUGGGUUGCGAACUUCUACGGCAAAAAGGUGAUCUGCGUCGACCCCAACGCCGGCAAGAUCCUUCGCACGGUGGAGCUCCCGCUCCAGCUCACCACGUCCGUGUGCUGGGGCGGCCCCGACUACAGCACCCUCUUCGUCACCUCUGCGCAGACCGGCCUGACGGAGGAACAGCUGGCUGCUGAACCGAGAGAGGGAGGAACUUUCGCCAUCACGGGUCUGGGAGUGAAAGGUGUUCCUCCUACCAAGUUCAAGGCUGAUAUGAAUCUGCUGAGAGCGAAAAUUGCCAAAUAAAUGGGAUGGAUUUUAACUACUUGCGUGCAAGUCAGUUUAUAAAUAUAUAUUUGUUUUGCUUCUGCCAACCAACGUUUUAUUUAGAAUGAAUGGUAUGUUGAGGUAUCUGAAAUAUGUAUAAAAACUUGUAAACAGUUGUAAAAUGAAUUGUUUGUUGAGGAC